AUGUCUUCCGCCAUCCUUCGCUCCCUCGCUCGCGAAGGGAGGAGCGUGGUUGCCGGUCUCCCCCGCUUCACGGACAAGUGCCACUCGCUCAUCAAGAAAGCACCUCACCCCGACAUCUACGAUGAGCUCAAGGACCGCAUGAAAUCGCGGGUGCACGGUGACCUGUAUGCGGGGCUGCAGGAUCUCGCCAUUGUUGGCGGCACGACGCUGCUGCCGCUGCUCAAGAAGGCCCUUGCGGGCACGAUUGACCCCAAGGGCGAGUACGUGCUGUCCACGCGCAUCCGCGUUGGCCGCAACAUCCGCGGGCUGGGCCUGUCCCCCGGCUGCACGCGUGCGCAGCGCAGGGAGGUGGAGCGCCUCGUCACCGGCGCCGUCUCGCAGCUCGAGGGCGACCUCGCCGGCAAGUACUACCCGCUUGAUGGCAUGUCUGAGGCGGACCGCAAGCAGCUCGUUGCCGAUCAUUUCCUCUUCAAGAAGGGCGACCGCUUCCUCGAGUCUGCCGGCGCCAACCGCGACUGGCCCGAGUCCCGUGGCAUCUUCCACAACAACGAGAAGACGUUCCUUGUGUGGGUGAAUGAGGAGGACCAGAUGCGCAUCAUCUCCAUGCAGAAGGGCGGCGACGCAAAGCAGGUGUUUGAGCGCCUUGCUCGCGGUAUUGACGCAAUUGAGAAGCAGGUGAAGGCCGCCGGACGCGAGUUUGCACACAACGACCACCUCGGAUACAUCCACAGCUGCCCCACCAACUGCGGCACGGGCAUGCGCGCAUCUGUCCACGUGAAGAUCCCCAACGUUGGCAAGCACCCCGACUUCAAGCAGUGGUGCGAGAAGCUCCGCCUCCAGCCGCGUGGCAUUCACGGCGAGCACAGCGAGAGCACUGGCGGCAUCUACGACAUCUCCAACAAGGAGCGUCUCGGCAAGUCCGAGGUUGCCCUUGUGCAGACAAUGAUUGAUGGCGUGAACGUCCUCAUCGAGGCUGAGAAAGCCCUCGCUGCCGGCAAGGCCCUCCCCAAGGAGCUCCAGUAAACACCAGAACGCACACGAGCAUGCUGCACACAGCCACUCCUCGCUCACAUACGCAUACACAUGCCAUCCUCGUGAUGUAAUCACAUCCCAUGCACCAAUUUUAUUUCUUUGCUGGCUGCGCUGGCUUGCAAACCAACAGGCUUGCUUCGUGUCUUCCGCUCAAGCCCAUCCAGCCUCCGUACACAUCAUACAAUACAACCCCCAAAUACGCACA